UAAAGAAUUUCGUAUAAAUUGAACACUGUAUUUACGUACUUCUUUUCAAUCACAUCGAGACUCUGUUAAAAAACGUUUAUCUUUAACGAAUCUUACGUACCUCAAAGUCGACGUCAGUGACACAGGAAUAUUUGCAUGAAGCUACAAUAUAACGAUAAAAACAGCUGGUAUGCAGACAGUUAUGUGCAAAAGAGGGAUAAAACACCGGUAGAAUACGAAAUAUAUCUUUCAAGGAAAAAGAAACUGUGUUUCUAGAGUGGUUGCUAUUGAAACUCGUUCCGGUGAAUUGGAAAACGCUUUGUCACUUGUCGUUGCGCUUUGUCGAAACGGUUUCCGGCUUCUUACGGUAAACUUUCUCCGGAAAUAUGCUAAAAUAUCCUGGAAUUAUUGUUGUGUUUUCUAAAUCUUGUAAACACACCAAUCGAAGUAUUAAGAAAUCUUGUGAAACAAUUUACUGUGCUAGAAAAGGUAAUAACAAAACUUGUCAUAGAAUUUUUGACAUUCGAUAUAUUUGAGGAGUUUCACAAUUGUGUAAAUCUGAAAAUUAAAAAGUCCAAAAAUAUUAAAAUAUCAAAUCUUCAAAGUUCACCGUUUAAAAACUAAAAAAAGUGAAGAUAUGCGCAAUCCCUGAUGUGUCCAUUUCGCAUCCUGACAUCAAAGCAAUAGGAUGUUAUUGAACCACAUCCUAUUUGUAAGGUGACGUCUUUUGACAUUUAUUGUAGCUAUUCUUUGGUUCCAUCAGAAUCGAAUAAGAAUUCUAACAAUCCCAAUAUCACGUAUAUUUAAAGGGGACACAAACGUCAAUUCGUCGAAGGUCGCAUUCCAAGGCAUGUCCUUUGGAUGCCGUGACGUGCCAGAAUGAAGACAACGUUCAGUGUAUGCCCAGAACGGCCUUCCUGUCGCUAGUACGUCUACCGGAAGUGAACCCAAACUUGGCCGCCUACUCAAGAGUCGACAACAGAAAUCGCGACAUCGCACGUUUGAGAGCUUUGGCCGAAGAAUCCGACGACGCAGAGAUUUGUGUGCCUUCUCGUAUUUAUUCGCAACUUCUGAAGGAACCAAACGCAGAUCCCGGUUAUCCCAUGAACGGAAGAUCCCACAGGUUCUCGGAUUUACUUGGCCGACUGUACGACGAUAAUCCGGAAAUGGAAUUGAUGUCCGAAUCCCAGAAACGAAGCAUUGCCACUCUUGCCAAAAAUGACGACCUUCCUAUCAGCAUUCAGGAUCGCGUGGGUGAAAAUGAAGAGGAUCAGGAAAAAAGGGCAAUCAUUUCUAGUCAGCAACCAGGAUCCGAAGUUUCCGAGAGCUACCUAUUCUCCAACCAGGGUUCCCCUCAGGAGUCGAUGGAUAAACGAAACGUGGGCACUCUUGCGCGAGACUUUGCGUUACCGCCGGGCAGACGAAACAUUGCUUCCCUCGUUCGGGACUACGAGACGCAAACAAAGAACAACAGAGACCGCAUGUUGCCCAUGGAGGGCAAAAGAAACGUUGCAUCGUUAGCCAGGACUUUCACGUUGCCCCAGAGCGGGAAAAGAAACAUCGCCUCCGUGGCCAGAGAUUAUGGUUUACCUUACGGGAAACGAUACGUUGGUUCCUUGGCGAGAAUCGGCGACUUCCCCAUGAGAGAGCAGAGGAGCGUGGCUUCGUUGGCGAAAAACUCGGCAUGGCCCGUGUCACUGAAGAGAGGAAUUUCCGUGCCCGGAAGUGUGAUCCUGAGAGCCCUCUCUCGUCAUGGCAGAUCGUUAUCGGACGAGCUGAACGCGAGAAACUAUCUGAUGGAUCUUCAGGAACUGGCCAGUUUGGAAAAUCAGGACGAUUACGACGAUGUGGAGAACUGGAACGAGUUUGAAACGAACGACGGCUUCAGCGACAGGAGACCCAAGAGGCAGAUCGGUUUCUCGGAUGAGUAUCCACUGCCGGUAAUGCAGAACACCAAUGUAUUCGAUUAUGAGGAAAUGAUGGAGGCACUCAAUGGACAAUAUCCGAUCGCCGAGAAAAGGUUCUUGGGGAGAAUUCCGCAGAUGGGUCCUCGUCCAACUACCCCACCAACCCGUCGACAAGGUCGCUAAGACGAAAUACCAACUCAAGGCCACCCAAGCCUCAAGGCAACGUUCGAGCCUUGCACCGAGAUUAUCGACACGGCUUCAAGUU